AUGCAGACUUUUGGCUUAGUGAACUUGUUCUAUCUACAGUCUAGAACGAGGAGAUCCGGCAAGAAAGAAGAGCCUGCUGUUGAAGAAAGCGAGCAGAAUAUCAACAAUAAAAGGGGCAGGAAUUCUAGCAUAGCUUCUCAAAGCUCUGUGAAGAAAAGGAGGACGAUAACGUACUCAGUUGAAGACGCUUCUGAGGUUGAGAAGAAAGUGUCGAGUCUUUCAACUCAACUGAAGAUUGGCCUGAAAUAUCUCAAGACCAAACAGACCAUGAGCAUAGGCUUUCUGAUCUGACAAUUGCUUCUUUUGCGAAUCAACCAUUCUCAACGGUCUGGUCUGAACGGCGAGUAAGGCAAAUGAAGUCUGUACGACUAUCCAGGCACAAUAAAACUAUCGCUGUGGACAAUCUCGAUGGUCCGGAACCAAUCGUCAAAUGUAGUUUCCUCUUGGAGAACGGACUUCGAGAAGAUCUGUUAGACAAAUCUCCCAAACCUUCGACUAGCAAUUUCGUCAAGUCCACUACCUCGGCCUCAAGUCACUUCAUAAGGAACAAAUCAUUACUGAUCGGCUCACCAGCCUCGGCAAAAUUAAAAAGAUUGCAACAAUCUCCCAAAACGGUCAAAGGAUCUCCAAAACUGAAUGUUUCUGAAAAUCUUUCCAAAUUUGUCGGAUUGAAACAGCUGAUGCGCAGGCGCACAAGUCCUUCUGAUAUAUUCGGAAUAAAAAAUUUUAUGUCGGCUCAAAACAAGUCACCGAAGAAUGACACAAUCCUGGAUUCUAUGGAUCAAACAAUAGUAACUGAUUCUUCUAGAUCGAGUAGAACUCUGAAAUUGACUGAAAAUGCCAACGCUAUAAAGUCUCCCAGACUGUCUACGAAUUUUACCAGGACUCCGCUAGAUGCUAUGAAGAGAUCGAUGUCUACGCCGAGAUCAAUGAAAAAACUUGAAUAUGAAAUUCUUGAUCUAAGCGCAGUAAAAACGCCUAGCAGUGAAUUACAAACACGUGCAUCCAAGACAUCUGUGACGGAAAACGCUCAAAAUUAUUCUACAAGAACUAAUAAGGUUUUAGCAAGCUCAAUUCCAAACGAAACUGUAGACGCCGAUAAGACCAAAAGAUUGUCUCGAGCAUCAAGCCGAUUUGAUUCGUCUGAAUAUGAAUUACUAGAUCUAUCGAAAACGGUUCGAGUAGAUCAAUCACGUAAGGGCUUGUUAAAUACUAGCGGAAAAAGAACACUAAAAAAUGUGUUCCUAAAUGGCAAUGGACCCAAGAACUCCAUUUUAUCACCUAGAGGAAUCAACUCUCUCCUAGUGAAGAAUGCAGUGGAGACUCUAAAGACGUAUGCAAGCCUCCCAGACUUGAACGCAGCUGCCACAAGAUCUACAGCUAAUACUUCCAAAAGGUCACUGUCAACAUCUAAACAUCGGAACUCCGCUGAAACAUUCGAUGUAGAAAAAGAUAAAUCAGUCAUUGAUCAGUACGACGAUGACCUUCAAGAAGUCAGCAAAACCAGAAAAUCUUCGUCAACUUCUCAAGAAUUGGAUUCGCCUGAUAUUGAGAUUAAAAGGAGAAGUUGGUCAUUGAGAAGCUCAAAAUCGAAUACUCGAGCAGGCGGUGACGAUUUAGAAAUCAAUAGGUCCACGAGACGGUCAAGCGCAUAUCAGUAUCCAGCUGAUUAUAUUAGUAUUGAUCUGUCAGGAGUCAGUGGGUCUCUCAUAAGUCUCAAAACAUCAAGUAGUGAUCAGAGCCCUGAUGUAAUUAAAAUCUGUGAUCUAGUCGACAACUUAUUGGAAGCACCGAGUGAUUUCCGAUAUGAUGAAGGCACUGUUGAAGCAGAUGUAACAGAAUCAUUGUCUAGAAAACAAAGUGCUUCCAGAAAAUCUCUGAAAAAUAGUGAUUCCUUCCCACGUAAUGCAAGAAGAUCAAGUGUGGUAGCAGAUUAUGAGAUUCCCAAUCAUACUAGAACAAGUUCACUAAGCCAAAAGUCUGCA